AAUGCUGCGGGAGUAGCACCGGAGCGUUGCUUGGAAACAGCAGCAUGCCAGUACAGCAAAUAACUGUGGUCCCAGCAAGAGAGACAUCCCGCAAUGGAAAGAGUGCUCCACGCUCCAAAGACAAGAAUGAGGGGAGGAAAGCUCCUGGGCGCUCAGGCAGUCGAUCUAGCAACAUUUCCAAGGCCAGCAAUACAGCCUCAAGGGCGUCGAUAACCCCAUCUGCUCAGGACAUAUGCAGUUCUGGCCAACUGACCCGCUUAGAUGAUAUUUCUGAGUCACACAAGCCCAACAAAAACAAACAAAAUCCCUCUGCCAUGACAGUCACCAGCACAGCCCUGAGCUCAUCGGCUCAGGUCCAGAAAAAGCACGUAAAGAGACGCCACCGCCGCAAGAGAAGCAGCUGCUCCACCUUCGACUGCGUAGAUCUCAGCGGCAAACAGGAGCAAAGUGACCGCAGUCUCAGCUCUGACCGAAGUGAGCUGAACGAGAAGAGGGAGCGUUCCUUCAGGAACCGCAAGGAACUUCCUCCUCGCCUCCGGUGCUCAGGUGCUCUAGACUCUUCCUCUGAAGAUGAGGCUUUGCGUGUGACCCGCAGCUGGAGCAAAGAGAAAGCCCGACGGGUGCGCCGCCGCAGCGUGAGCAGCCGAGAGAGGGAUGCCACAAGCGGGCGGAAAGGAGGGGAAGACAAAGCAGAGAUAAUGGAGCUGCGGUCAGUAGAUUCAGAUGAAGGGAAGGAGAACCAGCCUCUGGUGGAGGACAGUGGUGGUCUCAAGAAGCGACACAACAUCAGGGGCUCCGUGAAGAGCCACAUUUCACAGAACGAGAGGUCCCAAAGCAGAGAGAAGGAGAAGAAGAGCUACAACUCUCGGAGCUCAAGAGGUAGCUCCUCGUUGGCAGAGGAUGGUGGGGAGCUCAUCACCAAGAGAUACCAGGAGAGGGGGUCAGGAGCUGGAGACAUGGCAGUGCCCACCCCACAGAACCACUGUGGUUUUAAUGGGGGCACAGCGGGACCUUGUUCAGAUGACUCUGAGCUGGAGGUCUGCAGGAUCUGCCACUGUGAGGGUGAUGACGACUGCCCGCUGAUUACACCAUGUCGAUGCACAGGGAGCCUGAGCUUCGUCCACCAGGGCUGUCUCAACCAGUGGAUUAAAUCCUCCGACACGCGCUGCUGUGAACUCUGCAAAUUCGAUUUCAUCAUGGAAACAAAGCUCAAACCUCUAAGCAAGUGGGAGAAGCUUCACAUGUCGAAGAGCGAGAGGAGAAAGAUCUUCUGUUCAGUUUUGUUUCACCUGAUAGCUAUAGUGUGUAUGUUGUGGUCUGUCUACAUUCUGGUCAAGAGAACCACUGAGGAGAUCCGACUUGGGAAGAACGACGAGUUAUGGAGAGUUUCUCUUCUGAAGUACUAUUCAGCUCAGGGCGUGCUGGAGUGGCCCUUCUGGACCAAGCUGAUUGUGGUGGGCAUCGGCUUCACAGGUGGCGUCAUCUUCAUGUACAUCCAAUGCAAAGUCUACCUGCAGCUGUGGCGCCGCCUCAAGGCCUUCAACCGCAUCAUCACGGUGCAGAACUGCCCAGAGAAAAACCUGCACAACCCUCAGGCCCGGCACACCGCCCUCGCCAACGGGAAGCACGAAGCUGUUGAGGUCCCAGUCGCUCCAGAGAUGGACUCUGACAUGUCCGUGGAGGCCGCGGUGGCGCCGGAUAAAAACCCCGUCUGACUGCCUCUCCUGCAUGUUGAAUCAUGCUCUGCUCAUUUCAAGGAGAGAGCCAGGUGUGAGCAUGGUGUGAUUCAGACUCCUGCAGGAGUUUAACUUCCUAUUAUACUGCAGGGAUCACUGCAGAUCAAGCCAAGAAUUGAUUCUGUUCUGCACUGAUCCAAAGCAGGGCAGCUGUUAUGAUGUGACGGUGCAAAACAAUGUGAAGCAUUAAAAAUGAGACUGAAGAUAAAGCAAGGACAUUAUUUAAUGGUAUGCUGAUGCCAUUUCAUAGUAUGCGCUUUCUAAACCUGCACUGAUCUAAAUCAUAUAGUUUAAACUCCUUAGGAUGCUUUCAAUCAAAGGUCUCAGUGUGCUUCAAAUAAGCCUAAAAAAACUUGAAACUGAGUUCAAAUGCAAAGAUGUUUGCUUCACACGUCCCACUAAAACCUGACAAAACUGCCAACUUAGUGUAGUUAAUAACAUAAAGGGUCCUUUGUAGCUGUGAAAGAAUCAAACAUCCUGCAGAUGCUUUGGUUCAAGUUCUCUCUGAUCAAACAGGCUUCAAACUGUUAGAAACCUCAGAACGUCACAUUUACACUCUGAUCAGGCUAAUUAUCUGGACUCAUCUACACCGCCUUGAAUAAGUAUUCAUACAGCCACAAACGUCAUUCAUUUUAACACAAAAUCAUCCCAUAAUUGUGAAGUGGAUGAAUAAAAGCCUGGCGUCCAUUUUACUUUCGCCCCAUUUAAUCUGAUACCGGUAAAUACAAUUCAGUGCAAACAGUUGCUCUGAGAAGUUACAUGAUUAGUAAAUAGAGUCCAUCUUUACGUAGUUUAUUCUCCAUACAAACACAGAUGUUAGAAAACAUUAGUGAACAAACGGCAUCAUGAAGACCAAGGAACAAAGCAGAGAAGUUUAACGCAGGGUUCAAAGGCCCCUGGUAUUCUCUCACCUGAGCCGUGGAUGUCUGCAGCCCAGGUGGGACAAUCUGUUGACAGGACAAGUAUUAGUUGUGCACUCCACAAGUCAGGCCUUUAUGGAAGAGUGACAAGAAGAAAGCCAUAAGAAGUUCUGUUUGCAGUUUGCUAUAAACCAUGGAGAAGGUCUCUGGUCAGACGAGACCAAUGUUUUGGAAUAUACAGGGGUUGGACAAUGAAAGUGAAACACCUGGUUUUAGACCACAAUAAUUUAUUAGUAUGGUGUAGGGCCUCCUUUUGCGGCCAAUACAGCAU